UGCAAGGGACAGAGGCCACUCACCUGGGGUCCCAGCAGGAGUUCACAGCACAAGCAGGAUGAAGUCUUCCAUUGCCAUCGUUUUUUGCCUCUUGAUCCUGGGAGUUGACAGCAAAAGACGGUUCCAGUUUAUGAAGGAAGCUGGGCAAGGGACCAAAGACAUGUGGCGCGCCUACUCGGACAUGAGAAAGGCCAACUGGAAAAACUCAGACAAAUACUUCCAUGCUCGGGGGAACUAUGAUGCCGCCCGAAGGGGUCCUGGGGGAGCCUGGGCUGCUAAAGUCAUCAGUGAUGCCAGAGAGGGUAUUCAGAGAUUAAUAGGACACGGAGCAGAGGACUCAAGAGCUGACCAGUUUGCCAACAAGUGGGGCCGGAGUGGCAAAGACCCCAACCACUUUCGACCUGCUGGUCUGCCCAGGAAAUACUGAGUUUUCUCUUCAUGUUGUUCCCGGGCGCGCAGCCCCCCAAGGAAAGGGGCAAUUACUGAGUUGAGUUAUUUCCUAAAACCUGGAUCCCUAAACAUCCCAAUGUGCUGAAUAAAUGCUUGUGAAAUGCAA